UUGGACAGCCGUGAAACGCAGUCGCGCGGCUCGAAUCGCUGCCUCCUGGACGCUCAGAUACUCUCAUCAGUGACGCAUCAAUCAGCCGGGACGUUGGGGCUGUCGUUGGUCAUCGCUGCAGGCGUACGCCAUCGAUGCGAUGAGGCUGCUGCUCGUCGCAUCGAUCGUAGCAGCACAGCGCCCGGCAAUACAAAGAGCCGGCGCCGCCGCGACGAGAAGAAGACGAUGGUACAACUGCCGCGAUCCGAGUGGACAGGCGUAUGGGGCCGCCUGGCUCGCGCACCGGGCCACCGUUUUGAAGCAUGACGUACCUAUUAGAGAUAAUACGAACAUGGAGAGCGGCGGCUGGAUGCCGGCCAAAGUGGCGACGCCCUUGCAGUCGGUCGAUUUACUUGACUGUGCCGUCGAGCACCUGUCGUGGCUCGAAAGACGUAUUGGCUUACGAGAUGCGAGAGGAAUAGCGAAGAAGACCUGGGACGGCGAACUGCUCUCCAUGCUCGGGAAGCGGGCCAAGCGCCUCGAACGACGGGCUUCGUCUCAUCGCGUCAAGGGGCCUCGACGGCUCAAGACCGUCGCCGUGCUACCCUUCUUCGCGACGUCGCCGGAAUGCGAAGACCCGAAAGCGGCGUGUACUACUGGUAGUAGCGCACCGGCCAUGCGCAGACACUUCCUGAACACGACGUAUUGGUCGAUCGUCGACGCGCUAACGCCUCAUGUUGUGUUAUCAACCUGUUCCCACACCGAUGCUCAGUUUGCACGACAACACUCAGGGCUGAAGUGGUUCGACGUCUUGGAGUCGGAGUGCUUCAUCCCGCGGCGCAUCACGGGAGUGCCCUUCUUCAAGCCGGCUCUACUGGGGGCGAAGACCGUCCAUGCGAUACGAGACAAGCUCCAGAAUGAUCCCAGAUGGAGUUUCGACUACGUCUACUACUCCGAGGCGGACCAGGUGUUGCAUACAAGGAACGCGCGGUUCAUGCUCUCCGUAGUCGAUGAGACAACAUAUGUGAGUCCGCACCGCAUGCAGCCCAUUGCUCAUCCCUCGGACAUGCCGUCACUAGCUACAGCUGAGGGUCGAGAUUGGCUCCCUAGAUGGUCGCAGCAGGACCUCGACAGGAUGGAUCGUAUAGGUUCUGUGAUUGAUGUCGACCGCGCGAAGAACUGGAGGUGUUGCGUAGGAAGAUCAGAAUGCACGGGCGACGGCCUGCAGGGAGAUAGAUCAACGUGGACGCCCUGGAAGGUUCCGAAGCCGGCCUUGGGUCUCGUGAGGUAUGACAAUAGUUUCGUCAUGGUGGCCGCCCAUCAAGGGUCGUACGGCAAGCUCGAGUUCCGCGGUUGUACGUUGGAGGAGAGCGACCAGGCGUGUCCCUUCGACGAUCGGGUGGUGGCGAAGCCGCCUCCGAAGAAACACGCGGGCCGCGCUGGCCACGUCGCCAAGCCGGUAAAACGCGGCUUCCGGCCCGAUUUGAACAAAGGCGAGCCGUGGCCGGAACGGAGGCCGCGCAAAAUAAAAGGCAUGCGGUGCGGGCCCGCGGGGACUUGUCGCCCCGAUGGCGGGGAAGUGGAAGGCAUGACGCGUGCGGCGCGCCAGGUCCUCGACCAGGACCGCUACCUCGCGGGUCUCGUGGGAAAACAAAACUAA